AUGUCAGAAGGCAAAGACUUGACCCUAAGCGGAAAUCUUUCCGGAGUUGCCAAACUCGAAUCCUCUGGAGGCUGGAUCAACUGGAACGAGGAAAUCCGAGACCUACUGGCCCUGUCUGGCUAUGGCGAUCUCCUAGAGAGAGAGCGGGGCCCACCGGUGCAAGGAAAUCUCUCGGAAGUCGUCUUCGAAGAAAAGCUAGAUGCUUGGCACCAGAGACAAGCUCGGGCGUGCGGAGCAGUUCGAUAUCGAAUUGGUUUCCGUCCCAAACAGGAAGGCAGCAGUGUAUUCCACGACCUCCAGCAAAAGCUUGGUAGGCUUGCUCUGGACAACUGCGAAAAUGUAUCUGACUUCUCUCGGCAAUUACGGAAGACCCGAGACCAAAUCCUUCAACUAGACGAAACUAGUCAAAUUGGAGAGCCACAACUGAUGGAUAAGUUCCUCAAUGGACUUGGACCCAUGUAUCAUGUGUUCCUCAGUGCAUUUCUUCAGAGCCAUAGCCUGCUACCUGAACGGAACCUCGAAGGCAUCAUCAUUAAGGCAGCUACUACUAUUGAAGAAGCUACUGGAGCCGCUGAGCAUGAAGAACACAGCUAA